CGCGCCGCACUGGCCUUUCAAACGAUCCGGCGAUCGUUCGAUUCGCGGGCGCAGGUCGUUCGAAAUUCGAAAUUCGAGACUCGCCACGGACACCCGAGGACCUCCCGCAGUUCGGGGCGGAUUCGUCGCGGUGCGACGCAAAGCGGAUUCCGCCGCUGCGGGCGGCUGGCUGCGGCCUUCUAUCGACCGGCGCAACGGUACCGUCCCGUCUGCGGGAGCCGACGAGUGUCCACUGGACAGGCUUCCAAACUUGUCGAUAGACAAUCGUGCUCGAUGCCGCGAUCGCGGAGGUGCGUUCUGUCACCUGCUGGAAAAUGAGAGCGGCGGUCUCAGGGAGAACAGUGCGGCGACUUGGUACGCGCGUGGAUCGAUUGUAUGCCGCAGGUGCGUGGUUGGUGCACAGGACACGAGUCUCACUGCAAAAUAACGUCGACGGUCUUCUCGCGGCAACUGAGCGACGCGUCAACGGAUCUGAAGAAGGUUCUUUCCGAGAAAAUCCCGAAGGAACAAGAGCGUGUCAGAUUGUUCCGUAAGGAUCAUGGUGCCACCAAAGUCGGAGAAGUCACCGUUGACAUGAUGUACGGCGGUAUGCGCGGCAUCAAGGGUCUCGUGUGGGAGCCGUCGGUGCUCGAUGCGGAUGAGGGUAUCCGCUUCCGCGGCAAAUCCAUCCCCGAGUGCCAGAAACUCCUGCCGAAGGCGCCCGGUGGCUCGGAGCCGCUUCCGGAGGGUCUCUUCUGGUUGCUGAUCACCGGCGACGUGCCCACGGACGCGCAAGUGAGGGCGAUCUCGCAGGAGUGGGCGUCCAGGAGUUCCCUGCCUGAGCACGUAGUCAAGGCCCUCAACAACUUCCCCAAGACCCUGCACCCGAUGACGCAGUUCUCCGCGGCGAUUACUAUCCUGAACAGCGAGAGCGACUUCGUUCGGGCGUACAACAAGGGCGUGCACAAGACCAAGUACUGGGAGACCGUGUACGAGGACUCGAUGAACCUGAUCGCGAAGCUUCCGGUGGUGGCCGCCACCAUCUACCGCAACAUCUACAAGGGCGGCAAGGGUCUCGGCUCGGUCGACGCCGGCAAAGACUGGUCCUGGAACUUCGCCAACAUGCUCGGCUACGACAACCAGCAGUUCAUCGAGCUGAUGCGCCUGUACCUGACGAUCCACUCGGAUCACGAGGGCGGUAACGUGUCCGCCCACACUACUCACUUGGUGGGAUCCGCUCUGUCGGACCCGUACCUGUCGUUCGCCGCCGGCAUGAAUGGCCUGGCCGGUCCGCUGCACGGUCUGGCUAACCAGGAGGUGCUGGUGUGGCUUGAGAAGUUGCGCGGCCAGGUCGGCGACAAUCCCAGCGACGACAAAUUAAAGGAAUUCAUCUGGAACACGCUGAAGAGCGGGCAGGUCGUGCCCGGCUACGGACACGCUGUUCUCAGGAAGACGGACCCCAGGUACACAUGUCAGAGAGAAUUCGCACUGAAGCACCUGCCAGACGACCCGUUGUUCAAGUUGGUCGCACAGGUGUACAAGGUAGUGCCGCCGAUCCUGCUGGAGACCGGCAAGGUGAAGAACCCGUGGCCGAACGUAGACGCGCACUCGGGCGUGCUGCUGCAGUACUUCGGCAUGAAGGAGAUGAACUACUACACGGUCCUGUUCGGCGUGUCGCGUGCGUUGGGUGUGCUCGCCUCUCUGGUCUGGGACCGCGCCUUAGGGCUGCCGAUCGAGCGGCCCAAGUCACUCAGCACCGAUCUCCUCAUGAAGGCUGUCAAAGCUUAAGGCACGCAUCCACCAAAUUUAAUCGACGAUCGGCAGUUUUUUUCCAAGUCUCUUCGUCCCGGCCUCGAUCUCGUUUAAUCAUCGACAGCGAAUUGCCGGGGAAGAUACGAUUUUGAUACUGAUCUUGAUGGAGACACCUCAACGAGUCCGCCUUAACGAGCGAAUGAGAAACGAUGAGAAACAGAGCGAAUGAUGGCGAGAGAAAGCGUGAGUGAAAGCGGAAGAGUAAAACGGAGUUGCAAGGCUAGGUAUUAAAAAAACGACAAAUAAUUAAACCGUAACAAAAUGUAUUAUCUUAAUGUAAAAUCAUGUUACGAUGCGGACAUGUCAAUGUCGCGCAUCCCAACGGGUGUGCAUUAAUCUCUGCUACGUUUGAUGCUUUUUGAGUAUAAGCAAUUGCGAUACUGACGCCGUAUGUAACUAGUAUAUAAUUAGUACAUAAUUAGUAUAAUUAUAGUGUAAUAAUUAAUGUAGAGUACACGUAAUUGAUACGACUGUUUCAAGUUGCUGAUACUUAAAAAGUAUCGAUCGCAGAGUAUAACAAUGGACGGGAUGUAAUUCCUGUAGUCGCUUUCGUAGAAAAAAACAAAACCGUAAAUCAAUCCGUUAGAUUCGAAAAACUGCCAAAUCCGUGAGAAAAUGCAGAACGGUGGAAAUGCAAUAGGAAAAUUAGAAAAUUACAAACCUUUCAAACGUAUUAAAAUAUUUUUAGACAUUUAAAUAUCGAGAAUUCGUUAAACUCUCGAUCUCAAUAAACAAGGUUUCUAUAUAUAUUUAGUUGAUAAAUGUCUCUAAACAUGAAUUUUACUAUAGACGUCUGGAAAACGUCUUUUCGAAUUUGAGAAUACGCGCACUUGAGACAGGAAGACGCAUCAGAAAUACAAGUAAACCAUUAUUGUAAAUAUCGUUGUCGCUCAAUACUCGGAACAUAUUGACUACCGCUAGGAAAGAAGCUAAUUGUGUCUAAAUAAAAUCGAUGACAGCGAUAGUUAACGUGUCAGCGGUAAUCUCAGCGAUACAAAAGCAAUGGAGAAUAACGUGGAACUCUCUCAGUGAUAGAUCAAUUAAUAAAAUUAAUAGAAUUGCAAAUGUUCGAGACAACAGUCUAAUCCGACCGAUCGGAUGUCAUUUAAGCAGCUUUUUUCGUAUAUCUGUGACUUUUGCGUAGUCCGACGACCAUUUAUGGAAUGAUUUAGAAAUAUAUAAUUUAAUGUAACGUUGUUGGAACAAUGUAUUAUAUUAAUAUUGUUUAAUCUUACAACAAUGUAUUACAUUAAUAUUGUAUAAUGUCUUGUCUCGCCAGUCGAGAGGUAUACUGCCCGGGGAGUAGUCCGUAGAUUCUUUCAAUCGAGUAGCUUCUUUUGGAGGACUUGUCGAAUUUUUGAACGACAGAAACGCUGUCGCACUUUUUGUGAAUAUAGAGAACACGAUGAUGCAGGGUGAUAGUCGGCAGAAAGACGCAAGGAGCUAGCGCGAAUUAGCUUGAUUAUAGAUAUCCUGGCUGCUAGCUUAUUUAAUAUCCCACCUCCCGGCGUGAUCGAAACUGUUUGUCCUUAAAAUGAUGAUAAAAACGGUGCAAGGUACUACUACAGUUACAGUAUACUUAGGAGCAAGUAGUGACGCAACAGCAAGCACUUAAAAAUAGCAGUUAUAGUUUCGCCGACCGACCGAUGCGAUCUUGAUCACGUCGUCGUUACGGGUCGCCGUAAUUCACGCGUAAAACUAAGAAGCAUGAUCAGUGAUGGGUUUAUUGUUACCGAGUAAUGAAUGUGCGAAUGUGUGUGAGAACGUCUUAUUUAUAAUGAACGUGAAAAUAAACGAUCUAAAAGUAAACCGA